AUGGGACCUUUUCCAUCCUCAUUUUCUAACCGUUUUAUUUUGGUUGCUGUAGAUUAUGUUUCGAAGUGGGUGGAAGCUGCUGCGUUGCCAACAAACAAUGCUCGCGUAGUUAUCAAGUUCGUGAAGAAUAAUAUCUUUUCAAGGUUUGGCACGCCAAGAGCCAUUAUCAGUGAUGGUGGUUCUCACUUUUGCAAUCGCCAAUUCGCAACAUUGUUAAGCAAGUAUGGGGUUACACAUCGAGUGGCUACCCCAUAUCACCCUCAAACUAGUGGCCAAGUAGAAGUAUCUAAUAGGGAGCUGAAACGAAUCUUGGAAAAGACAGGAAAAUUGCGAUCAAGAUGGUAUGGCCUAUUCAUAAUUCAUCGCGCGUUUCCAUAUGGGGCGAUAGAGCUUCACCACCCAACAAAGGGAACAUUCAAAGUCAACGGCCAAAUAUUGAAACCUGAUAUUGAAAAUGGGAAUGAAGACGAGAGGGUUUCAAUUCUUCUUCAAAAUCCUAAUUGA